UGUUAAAAAAAUAAAACAUGUAGAGCGAUGAGUGGUUUGUUCAAUCGUGUUUAGAUGACGUCAACAUUGGGAAGGUUGGUUCAAUGCCGAAUCCAUCCUCUACACCAGGAUAAAAAGUAAACGUGCUCGGCAAGGAAGCAUCAAGUAUACAGCAGUGACGGAAGGACGCGGGAUAAAGAAAAUCAAGCCUCCUCAUUAACAUUAUGUUUAGAAACAGAGGGAAAGCCGCCCCCGCGCGCAAGAACGGGAACGGGACGUCCGAUUCCAAGGCCAUCCAUCCGUUAAGGAGUCUAGGACUGCAGGAUGAUGACGAUGUCCAGUGGAUGUUAAAGGGUUCCAAUAUGGUCAAGAUCCGAUCACCUCAUUGGCAAAAGCGACGUACCCUGAAGCUGCUCGAAGACGGCGUCACAAUAUGGUGCCAGUCCCGCAAAACUUUCAGUCGAGCCAAGGCGCGACAAUCCUUUUCUAUUGCAGAGGUGGAGUGCGUAUGUGCGGGCUGUCAUUCAGAGACAUUGCGGCAGAUCAUCGGUGCAGAUCCUGAAGGACGGUGUUUGACGGUGGUCUUCAAAGGUCCACGAAAGAAUCUGGAUCUUCUCUGCCAGAGCCACGAGGAUGCUUUUCAUUGGACUCGUGGCAUCCAGACACUGCAAGAAAGGAUUGACAAUAUGACCCAAAAGGAGAAACUUGAUCACUGGAUCCAGGCUUACCUGAGUCGGGCUGAUCAGAAUCAUGAUGAUAAGAUGAGCUAUGAUGAAGUGCAGUUAUUGCUUCAAAUGAUCAAUAUUGACCUGAAUGACCAAUAUGCUCGUGAACUUUUCCAGAAAUGUGACCACUCAGCCGAUGGCCGAUUGGAACAUAAGGAAAUUGAACUCUUCUGCAGAGAAUUGUUGCGGAGACCUGAGCUGGAUGCCGUCUUUAUGCACUAUUCUUCCAAUGGAUGUGUCCUGUCAGCUACAGAUCUGAGGGAUUUCCUGAAUGAUCAAGCAGAGGAUUCUUCAUUCACACAUGCCCAAAGCCUAAUAAUCACCUAUGAACUUAACGAAUGGGCUCAGAGGAAUCAUUUGAUGACACCCAAUGGUUUCACCAUGUACAUGCUUUCCAAGGAAAAUUCUGUGUUCAACCUGGAUCAUGCUCGGGUUUAUCAAGACAUGAAACGACCCCUGACACACUACUUCAUCUCCUCUUCCCACAAUACAUAUUUGACAAAGGACCAGCUGACUGGGGAGAGUGGCAUCGAGCCAUAUAUUCGAGCCCUGAAUCAUGGUUGUCGCUGCGUGGAGUUGGAUUGUUGGGAUGGAGAUAAUGGACAGCCAGUCAUUUACCAUGGCUACACGCUCACCUCCAAAGUGCCUUUUGUCGAAGUCAUAAAGACUAUUAAUGAAUAUGCAUUUAAGGCAUCACCCUACCCUCUGAUUCUUUCUUUGGAGAACCACUGCUCAGUGGAGCAGCAGGCAGUGAUGGCCCGCCACCUGCAGUCCAUCCUCGGGGACAAACUGCUCACGAAGCCAAUUCCUGGCCUUAAAUGCGACAACCUGCCUUCACCGGAGGAUCUAAAGGGUAAAAUCCUGGUGAAGGGAAAGAAAGAGAACACAGCGGAGGAAUGCUGUGCGUGUACAUCAAACCUCAACUCUUCAGAGGAGACCGCUGCGUCCAAGUUGAGUCCAGAGCUGUCAGAAUUGGUCGUAUACACCUGCAGUGUCCACUUUAAAAGCUUUCAACAUUCUGCCAAAGCCCCGCCAAGCCACAUGUCUUCAUUUUCAGAAAGUGAAGCUCUCAGACAUGUUAAAGACUCAGGGAUGUAUUUCGUACGUCAUAAUAGCCACCACCUAAGCAGGAUCUACCCUUCAGGACAGAGGCUACAGUCUUCUAACUAUAACCCUCAGGAAAUGUGGAAUGCAGGCUGCCAUCUUGUGGCUCUAAAUUUCCAAACCCCUGGAGAAGAGAUGGAUAUAAAUCGAGGCAGGUUCCUGCAGAAUGGUCAAUGUGGCUACAUUCUGAAGCCCCCUUUCAUGUGCCAACCGGACACCACCUUUAAUCCAGAAAAUGUUGGUGGAGGUCCUGGCCAUGUGCCUGUUCUAUUAACCGUUAGGGUUAUUUCAGCACAGCAGCUACCUAAGCAAGAGAGGACCAAGCCCACAGCCAUUGUGGAUCCCCAUGUAUGGGUUGAGAUACAUGGUGUUCCAAUAGAUAAUGACAGGAAGAAAACACAUCACAUCCAAAACAACGGUUUUAACCCACAGUGGGACUACACAUUUAAUUUUACCAUCCAUGCUCCUAGCCUGGCUCUCGUUCGCUUUGUGGUUGAAGACCAUGACUAUGCUUCAAGCAAUGACUUUCUUGGACAGUACACCCUGCCUUUUACCAGUCUUCGCACAGGUUAUCGCCAUGUCCGACUGCUUAAGCAGGAUGGCUCCAGCCUUUCCCCCUCCUCCCUCUUCAUCCAUAUCAAGCUUGUCAACUGUGAGAAUAGCACUUACAAGUCAUCUAAAUCACCAGCCAAAGUGUCUCAAGCCAACAAGACCCAAACUGGUUCGGACCGCAUUCAAGCCUCUCAUUAAUCAUUGCGCAGCUUUAACUUUAUACUAAGCUUAGCAAUUCUAGGAAAAGGAUUUGUUGCUGGAUUCUACUCUACACAGUAUUCUACUCUGGAUAUUAUAGACGUUUUCAUACAAUUUUAAUCUUUUUUUUUUUUAAUUAUAUACUUGUAUCUAAUUGUGAUUAAUCACAUGAUUUCCAGAGUUAAUCACUUUUUUAAAGGUUGGUGCUUUUUGAUGUUUUAUUUUGAGCUUAGGUUACUUUAUUGAACAAACACUUGACAAGUGAAGGAUGAUAUUUUCCCAUAAUCAUGUAUAAUUAUACAUAUUUGUUCAUUACUAUUGCUGUUGUAGGAAUAUAUUUUCAUCAAUUCACAUAUUUAUAUCUAUCUAUCUAUCUAUGUAUCUAUCUCUCUCUCUCUCUCUCUCUCUCUCUCUCUCUCUCUCUCUCUCUCUCUCUCUCUCUCUCUCUCUCUCUCUCUCUCUCUCUCUCUCUCUCUCUCUAUAUAUAUAUAUAUAUAUAUAUUUGUUCAUUGUUGUUCUAUUACAUUUCUCCAGCCUAUGCGCAGGAGUGGCUGAUCCCUUUUCUGUAAACAUUUGAACUCGCUUCAUAAUUGUGAUAUUGGGACAUUGGAAUUUUUUGUUUACUUAUUCAACGCCGGAGAGUACUUUUCCAUUAUGUGACGCGGUCUGGGCUGAACUUGCUCAUUUGCAUAAGAACAAUAUAAACUCUAGCCCGCUAGCUGGCUCGUGAGAAGGGAACAAUGGACUGACUAUUUAAAUUUUGUCUAUAUAUUCUUUUGAACUUUGUUCCACAUUUUAUUUAUUCCUAUUAUUGUCUUAUUUUUGCGUCAUCUUCUGUCCAUUUAAGAGAAUUGAAAAAACCUGUCAAAAAGAGAAGAUGACUCUGACUACCUUUCCCUCCACUUUUUACUCUUCACAAUGAAGAGCAUAUGUAGAUAUAUAUUUCCUUUUAUUCACGUAAACAUGUAUCUGUUCAUUUCACAGCAUUGCACAUAUUUAUUCAUUGUGUGAGUGUCAGCCACCGUUGCGGUGAGACAGCUGCAGAGCUCACCAAGCACUCCUUUCAUGUUCACACUGGCGUCUGCCAGCCCCACCACAACAUCAGCCAAAACGCUCACAGAGAAAUUACCAAAUAUUUUUGCUCCCUUUUCGGGUCGAAAUUGACCUAACACCAUACUUAUAUGUUACUAUAGUAACAUAUAGUUACUAUAGUAUAAUAUUAGUAUAAUAUUAGAAUUAAAAUAUAUACAACUAUGAACAUUUGACCGAUGGCUUCUAUCCCUCAGGAAUACUCUGGUAGCAUGACAUCCUUUUCAUUACUUACGUAACACUCAAAUGUGUCUCAUGUUGAUGACGUGCGCAAGCGCGGGAGACGAGAAAAAAAAAAGAGAGAGGGAAUGGUUUUUAUUUGAGUUGUUGGCAGUUAAAUAAACAGUCGGGACAGCUUCGCCCAAGAGCACAAGUCUCAUGAGUUUUUGUCUACAACGAAGAGUGUGCCUACAUCCACCCACACAGUCCGCUACACUUAUGUAAUUGUCUUGGGAUUUUUGGGUGGCAUUUUUUUUUAUAUUGAAAACAAGUAUGCUGUCAAAAUAAAAGCCCUCAAUGAGUACAAGAAAAUGUUUUAACCA